UGUGCAGGAGAAGCAGCAGGCAGCUACUCCUCACAGCGUCAGUGUGUGGCCCUCUCUCUGCUGCAGUGGAGGGCUUCACGCACACAGCUAGUGUGGCUGAAUGCAUCACACAGCGGAUCAAUUUGGCGUGCACGGCACACGGGGCCCUUUCCCUCUGGACGGACUCAACCGUGGGCCAUGGGCUCCCGUAGGUGGCCGUGCCUGGCCCCCUCCCUCCAGGUGCCCACCUGGUGUCAGUCAAUCUCAGUUCCUCCCCCAGCUCCCACCUAGUCACAUGACUGGGCUGAACCAUCCAAAUAAAUUCUUCAACAGUGGUGCACUGCCACGCGGAGGGGAUAAGCUGGACCUGCCUCAGGCUUUGUUGCCUGGAUUACAUAGGGCACCUCCUAGGCCAUGGGAUACAGUUGGUCAACAUUAUGAUCAGCUUCCUAAAGAGGAUCACGCUCGUUUACAUAAUGGUUACAAUGCUGGUCCACCAGCACACCUCACCGCCCGAGCCAACCAACUGUUAAAAUUUGGUCCCCUUCCCACACACCAUGGCUCCAGGCCCAUGCCCCCUCUCCCAGACUUGUGGGCUCAGCAACAGCAACUACCACCAAGGGAUGCUUAUUCUCAUGCUACCCAAUUAAAACGCCCAGCACCACCUUUGGGGGAGCAAUCUGUCAUCCAGCACACCCUUCAUCCUGUCAACAAGACCACUGAGGACUCCCCUAGCCCAAGCAAGAGGAAGAGAAGCUCAGAGUCUGAUCAGCAUAUGACUGGCAUCUAUCAGUUCUCUGGACCAAUGGGAGCUUCCCUUUCCUCACUGCAGCAGCCUCAGACCCACUAUUCCCAAUCAAAACAGGGCUUCUGGAACCCUUUGCAAAAGGGAAAUCCAUCCUGGAACCCAUCUGAACGCAAGAUGGAACCUACUGAGCCCCAGGAUGCACACAAACCAGAAAUGGGUGUUUUUGCUGACAAACAAUCCCCUUCCUCCAAACUCCCACUGACCUCUACCCGUUCCAUCUCUACCGCUGGGAGCUAUGGACAAGGCAGAGAUACUCCAGGCCACAAGCCUUCUCAGUCCUCUCAGUCUGUGGGAUCCUCUUCUCACAGUGCCCACCGCAAUCAACCAACAUACCCCUACCCCAACAGCAAAUCAUCAGUUCAGACUCAGGGGGAGCAACAGGGUAUUCCCUCCCACAGAGUGCAUGAUUCAAGGAUGAGCUCUACUGCAAGUCAGGCACAAACUUCACAACCUUCAUUAACCCAGUCAGGCAGGGGUCGCCUUGCCCCUACACCAGCACACCAUGCCACCGUGCCUUACAGCCACUCUAGCUUUCAGCCCCAUCCAGGGCUUGUUCGCACCACCAGCUCCUCUUCCAGCAGUGGAAACCAGACCAAAUAUGGUCAUCUUGUCCCAGAUUCAGGUCCCUACCGCCCACUGGUGGAGCCUCAGGUCACCUCUGUAUCUCAACAGAAUGAGCAACAGCAAAAUAGAUCUGUUGCCAGCCAAGAUACAGGCCCUCCCCAACACUUAAGUCCCCCCCAGCCUUUGUCUCGAGCCCCAGUUAUUACCCCAAGUAUGCCCUCCCAGGAGUCUUCAAGUCCUCCCUGUUCUGUGGGUCUCUAUAGUAGUGGGGAAACUGUUACCACCAUGAAUUCUGUAUCUUCUGUAAACUCUCCUGCAACCAGCACCGUAAACAGCUGGAGAGCAAAUUCUUCUGUUCUAAUUUCAAAAAGCAACCUGACUCCAUCUGCACAAGGUGUCUCACGUCAGGGGUAUCAGGGAACCCAGUCAGACACAGUAACUUACCCCCAGCACCAUCAAGAGACCAAACCUCAGCAUCAGCCACCCUCUGUACCCCAACAAGGACAGGGUAGGUCCCAUUACACCCCGGAAGUAUCCUCUGUUCCUUCCUCUCUCAGCUCAGGGUUUCAGAGAUCAGGAAAUAGCGUCAUCACCAGCAGGGCUUCAAAUAACCUUUCACAGGUUGCCAGUUUGCCCCUCCUCCACCCACAGCUUACAAAACCCAACACUGUGAACACAGCUCAGCCACAGUCUGGCCCUUUGUACCCCAAGACGCCUCACCAUGCACCCUCUGUAGCGUCUCAGGUGCCCCCCACCCAGACGUAUCAAAGGCCAUGCAAUCCACAUGCCAUUUCCAGCACCCAGUCCAUUGAGGAAGCGUUAAAGAAACUUGAUGCUGAGCUUCAGGACCAUAUGCGAGCAGAAGAAAGAAGGAUAGAACAAGAAGAAGAGAGAAAACAGAAAAAGGAAGUAACAAUGAAGUCAGAAGAUGAGUCUGCAAUUGAAAGUCUGGAGCGCUUGCUGUCAAAUAGUGCUACUGAUCCACCCCCUCCACGUCUGUCUCCUGCAAUUUCACCUUCCUCAGUUGCACCACCAACCCAGACAUCACCCCCUUGGCUGAGCCGGGGUGGUAUUCCCACUCGUCCACCUGUACCUGGCACAACUCCCCUAGAAAGGUCUCGCCCGCCUCCUCUCACACCACAAACUGACUAUGCCCGUGAGAAGCAAAGGCAGCGGGAACAGUGGAACAGCAAAGCUUCACUCAGUCCCCCUUCACAAAAUAUCUCGGGGAUUCCCACACUUACAUACCCUUCUAAACCUGCCCCAACAGACUCUUCAAGUAACCAAACAAAACUGUCAACAUCUUGUCCAUCCAAAGACUCUCCCAUACAGAACAGCCCUCAUGAGGUCAGGGCUAUUCCCAAUCCACCAAUUCUCCGAGAGCCCCCAAAACUCUACCAGGCAUUUCCCAGGGAUACUCCAACAUCAUAUCCACCAAUAGGUGCAAGUUCAGGCAGUCUCCACAAAAAUAUGCCAAGCAGUGGGUUAGGAAGUCUUGGCAGCAAUGAAAGUAGCUGCAGUGGCGAUUCUGAUAGCACCCAGUUUGAGGAGGAACAAUCUGAACUCUUUCCUGAUGGUUUAGCGAACAUCAUGAAGAUGCUGGAUGAGUCCAUUAAGAAAGAGGAGGAGCUGUACUCUGGUCAAAGUGGGGGACAGACAGUCCCAGAGCUGCCAUUUUCUGUCACUGUGGCACCCAUUAAGAACUACCUGGGUGCCCCGGACCUAAUGCCUACCCUGAAACAGCCAACCACAGAGGAUUAUUUGACAGACACCCAUGCUAGCCCCCCUGUCUUAAGUCGUCAGGGUUCUUUGGCGUCACCCUGCAGCCGUACUUCUUCACUUAAUGAAGAAGAGGAGACUCUUAAGGUCAUCCCCAAACCUGCCAGCGCAGUCACUCAGUGUCAAAACAGUGGUGGUAGCAUCACAGGAACCAGCUAUCGCCACAGUGACCUGGCCAAGCUCUAUGGACUUCCAGAGGCAGUAAAGAGUGAGUGUGAGGAAGAUGAGGAAGAGGCUGACCAAGAUGAUGACGACACACCUUCCUCUUCUCCACCACCUAUGAGGCCACACCUGCAUCAGACUGGUGUAAACAACAUGUUUAAAAACUUGGCUUCAGUGCUGGAGAGCCAGAAGUACACCUACCGUGGAGGUCCAUUUGGUAGGCCACCUCCUUCAGCCAUGACAGGUCUGAAGUACUCUUCCUCACUUUCAUUGGGCCCAGAUAUCUGCAGGCAACAGAGCACUUCUCCCACAUCAGGUUCAACCAGCCACCCAGGCUUUAGUAAUCCAGCCCCAGCCCCAUCAAAUGCUACCUCAGAACAGAUCCAUCCUCAGUCACCAUCAGGAUACCCUGCAGAGAGAAAAGAAGGUGCUAUAAUGAGCCAGCCUGAUCUUUCUGAACAUAAGGGUGAGGAAGGAACAAGGAAGGAUCCUAAAGAUGAGGAAGGUACUGCUGAUGUCAAGGUCUCAACAGAGGUGGAAAAGAGGCCCAAGCUCACAACUAUCUCAGAAUCAUCACUGGCAGAAUUGGGUCGCAGUUGUGAGGUGAUGUUGAACCGACACAAACUUCCCAUCAAAGCAUUAUCAGACCACAGCAAGCCUGAGACAAGGGAGGUGCACAAACCUGAGAAGGAGCGGAAUCGUGAAAGAGAGCGUGAGCGUGACCCAGAGAGGAAACACAAACAUAGCAGCAGUAGCAAAAAGCAUGAGGAGAGGAAAGAGAGAAAGAAGAAACACAGAGAAAAACGAGAGGAAACAUCCCACUCUUCUUCCUCCUCCUCGAGCUCCAGUCGCCGACACAAGGAGGGCAAACCACAAAAAGAGAAGAGGAGCAACAUGGACCAUCACAGUAAAGAGUUCCGGGAGAAGGAGAGAGAGCGAGAUGGGGAGAAAAAGAAAAGGAAAGAGGAGGGAAGUGAAAAAGAGGAGUGGGUGUCUUGGAACAAGGAGAAGAGUGGCAGUUCAUCAGAUCAUUCAUCUUCAUCUACACUGGGUUCUGCAGACUUCCAGAAGCUGAAGGCUCUCACUGAUGGACCACCUAAAGAGUUGAAGAUUCGUCUCAUUAAGGUGGAGAGUGGGGACAGAGAAACGUUUAUUGCCUCUGAGGUAGAGGAGAAGAGGAUUCCACUGCAUGAGAUUAGCAUUAAGAACACAGCUGCUGAAAUUAUCAGAUCUUGCAAGGCGGCCCGUGUAAAAGGAAAGUUUAAGGAGUCCUAUCUACUCCCGGCUUUCUCUGUGAAACCAACCUCGCACAUGGAGCAUCCAAUCCCACGGGAGAAACUCAACCCACCAACACCCAGCAUCUAUUUGGAGAGCAAAAGAGAUGCCUUCUCCCCUGUGUUACUUCAAUUUUGCACAGACCCCAAGAACCCUAUUACUGUUAUAAGAGGUCUUGCAGGCUCCCUUAGACUAAAUUUGGGUCUUUUCUCUACUAAAUCGCUGGUAGAGGCAAAUUCAGAACAUGCAGUGGAAGUCAGAACUCAGGUGCAGCAACCAGCUGAUGAGAACUGGGACCCUACCGGCACAGGGCAAAUAUGGCCCUGUGAGAGCAGUCGAUCACAUACCACCAUAGCCAAAUAUGCACAGUACCAGGCAUCCAGUUUCCAGGAGAGUCUACAGGAAGAGAAAGGCAGUGAUGAUGAAGACGAUGAUGAUGUGAAAAAGCCCCUCACUAACUCAGAUGGCACAAACAGCAACUCUGCAAAUUCAGGCCCCAGCCCUGAGCAGAAAUCAGUUGGGAAAAUCAUCAAAUUUGGCACUAACAUCGACCUUUCCGAUCCAAAGAGGUGGAAGCCUCAGCUGCAGGAGCUGCAGAAGUUACCGGCGUUUAUGCGUGUAUCCUCCAGUGGUAAUAUGCUGAGUCACGUAGGCCACACUAUCCUUGGCAUGAACACUGUACAGCUCUACAUGAAGGUUCCUGGCAGUCGUACACCAGGGCACCAGGAGAAUAAUAAUUUCUGCUCCGUGAACAUCAACAUUGGCCCAGGAGACUGUGAGUGGUUUGCUGUUCAUGACAACUACUGGAAGGCCAUCAGUGAUUUCUGUGAAAAGCACGGUGUUGACUAUUUGACUGGUUCUUGGUGGCCGGUUCUGGAGGAUCUGUACCGUUCCAACAUCCCUGUAUACCGCUUCAUCCAGCGACCUGGAGACUUGGUGUGGAUUAAUGCGGGCACUGUGCACUGGGUCCAGGCUGUGGGCUGGUGUAAUAACAUUGCAUGGAAUGUAGGGCCACUCAAUGCCUACCAGUACCAGUUAGCCCUGGAGAGGUUUGAAUGGAAUGAAGUGAAGAACGUAAAGUCCAUUGUGCCCAUGAUUCACGUGUCAUGGAAUGUGGCUCGCACAGUCAAAAUUACUGACCCCGACACAUACAAGAUGAUCAAACACUGUCUUCUACAGUCCAUGAAGCACAUUCAGGUCCUUAGAGACCAACUGGUAGCUGCAGGGAAGAAGAUUUCCUACCAGAGCAGAGUAAAGGAUGAGCCAGCCUACUAUUGCAACGAGUGUGACGUGGAAGUUUUUGAUCUGCUGUUUGUGACGAGUGAGAACGGCAGUAAGAAGACGUAUGUGGUGCGUUGUGAGGACUGUGCCAGGCAGCGUAGCCCCAACCUCUCCAACGUAGUGGUGCUGGAACAAUACCGCAUGGAGGACCUAAUGAACACUUACGACUCCUUCAGCUUGGCCUCGGCCCCUGGCUCUCGAUGAAAUCAACUCCGCCAUUCCCCUCUCCCACACAGCCAUAACCAAAACUCCUGCUCGCCAGGACAAGUUGUUUUCGAAAUUGUACUUUUUUUAUUUUUCCUACAUUUUUAAAGUACUACUACUGCUAAUGCCUGUUGGAACAGCCAGCCAAUCAUAAACCAGUUUACUCCGCAUUGUUUACAGCACCUAUCGGCCAAUAAGACUAAGGUUUACUCUCAGCAGCCAAACAUACCAACCUCUGAUUGGCCCUGAGGGACUUUCAACAGAACGCAGUUUGUGCUGUCACAGUAAUGGCAGCAACAUCUAUGAUAAAAAUGGCAUCUCUGUAUUUGUUGUUAUUGCUUUUUUUUUUUUUUUUUUUUUCAGUUCUCUUUCUGUCUUGAAUACUGAAAGUGUAAAUGCUGUUUGUGUUUUUUGUGGGUGCUAUUUUUUCUUCUUAAUUUAUUUUCAAAACUAGAACAGCCUAGAUAUAUACCACAUUGGCCUUGUGACUUGUAUUUAGUGAAGAGAUAAAUGAAUAAUACUAAUAAUAGAUAUAUAAACAUUUUUCUAAGGCAUUAAGAAUAAAAAAGUAACAUUUGUUUGGUAUGGUUCAAAACAUACGGGUUUAAAAGAUUUGUUUUUCAGUUUUAGAUACUGUCUGAAAAUAUUGUUUAUAAGGUCAUGAUUUUAUUUUCUUGAAGAGAGAAAUCAUGUCAUAACAAAAGCAUUUCUAACAUUGCAUUGUUUUUUCGCCCUAAUUUUGUGAGAUUACAGUAUGUCAUCAGUUGGUGUAGUGAACAUUUUUACUUCUCAUUCUUGCUUAAUAUACAGAUUUAUGCUCCUGAUUUUUCCUCUCUCCCAAUUGUACAUUUUUAUUUAACUUCAUUCUUCUAUUUAUUGGAUAUAAAAUGUUCUCCCCGCUUUUGUAGGGUUAUCAGAUGUCUAAGGUUUUCUAUUUUCUAGUUGAUUUAAGGAAAAAUCCAGAGGUGCUUAGUCCCUUAAACUCGUCUCAUGGUCUAUAUAUGUAUAAAUAUAUAUAAAGAACAUUAACUCUUUUAUUGACUAUAACUCCACUUUCCUGUAGAUUGUAGAAUGCAGAGCAAAUGUAGUUUUGUCUGAAAGCAGUUUUUUGUUUGUAUACAUAAGCAAAAAGCCACUUUUUCACUGACCUUAGCAUCAAAAAUGGAAUGCAAAAGGUUAUCACUGCUGCGCAUUAUGACCCCUACUCACGCUAAUGGUUAAUUUACCUUGUAUUGUGGGGGAAAUGCGAAUAAAUACAGAGCUGUAUUUACACAUUUAGUGGUGCUUGAAAUUGUUUUAAAUGUUGUCUUUGGAAGAACAUGGUUGCGGUGCCAACCAACACACAAAUCUCUGGUUAUACAAAAUUUUACUGCAGUUGGUUGUCAUUAACCGAAAAAAAUCUAAGGUCUAUGGUAUUCUUUUGUUUGUUUAUUUGUUUUUAAAAAAACACAUCGAACUGUAAAUACUGUGGCAUUUUACUGGAAUUAGGGUGUGUGAAUCGAAUCAUCCAUUCGAUUGAUGAACUGUUAAUUUUUUUUGUUUGUUUUGAUUGUUAGUCUUAAGCUUGAAUCAGUUAUUUUACAUAUGAAAACGUUGGUUACGAUUAUGAUAGAAGGUGCUGAGUUCUCUGAACUACUCUGUCUUUUUUGUUGUUUCUAAAGAAAAUCUAUUUUUCCUGUUGCAAUAUAAUCCUCUCUUCUUUUUGUGGUCAUUUAUUUAAAAAUCUGCACUGUUUUAGAGAGUUCACACAAAGAAAACUGAGCCAGACACGUCUUAAACACUUUGUGAAUUUGUGACAUUACUAUGAUUAUUAAUAUUAAAUGCUUUUGAUAAACUUUGA